GAUCAAAAUUGAACAUGUAAAGUGAUAUGGCUGAAACGACGCCUCUAUUGAUUCUGAUUCUUGUGGGAAUACGAGGGUCUGUGGCAGUGAUCCACUUUCUGAAGUAUUUCUACACAGCAUCUUCGGGUACAUCAAACUUUCCAUCAUACGUCUCUGUUGGGUUGGUGGAUGAUGUUCAGAUAAGUUACUGUGACAGCAGAACAAAUAAAAACAUCCCUGAACAGGUUUGGAUGGAUGAAAUGAGUUCAGAACAUCCAAAUUACUGGAAGGAGGAAACUAAGACAUGUUGGGAUAAACAGCAAACCUUCAAAUUCAGCCUCGAAAUUGCAAAACAACGUUUCAACCAGACUGGAGGAGUUCAUGUCUUUCAGCAGAUGUAUGGCUGUGAGUGGGAUGAUGAGACUGGAGAGGUCAAAGGUUAUGAUCAGUUUGGUUAUGAUGGAGAAGAUUUAAUUAUGCUGGACCCAAAUACACAAGAAUGGAUCGCUCCAAAACCACAAGCUGUCAUCACCGCAAACAGAUGGAAUAAUGAUAGAACGAUUAAAGAACUUGAGAAGUUUUACUUAACUAAAACAUGCAUUGAGUGGCUGAAGAAAUAUGUGAACUAUGGGAGGAGAUCACUGAUGAGAAAAGAUCCUCCCUCAGUGUCUCUCCUCCAGAAGAAUAGCUCCUCAGCAGUGUGCUGCCACGCUACAGGAUUUUAUCCUAACAGAGCUGAGAUGUUCUGGAGGAAAGAUGGAGAGAAGAUUCCUGAUGGUGUGAUUAAAGAAGAGAUCCUCCCCAACAAUGAUGGGACCUUCCAAAUGAGUGUUUAUGUGAAUCUUUCAUUUGUUCCAUCUGAUGACUGGGCAAAGUAUGAAUGUGUGUUUCAGUUCUCUGGUUUUAAAGAGAAUAUUGUCACCAGACUGGAGAGAAAGAAAAUAAGGACAAACGAAGUAAAUUCUGCCAUCUCACACAUCGCUGUUAUUGUGGCUGUUAUUGUGGCUGUGAUGAUUCUGGUUCUGGUCACUGCUGUGAUUAUAUUUCUUUGUCAGACAACAAAAAAUGUCACUCAAGAUAGCAUGACUGAGACUUCAUCUUCAACUUCCCAAGAUAGUGCUUCAUCAGACAGUCAAUGGUCGAGGCCUGGGGAAAAGAUCGUGGACAUGUCAUAUUAGAGACUCAUUAACCUCACAGUUAUGUUUUUGAACUGUGGGAGGAAGUUGGAGAGAACCUGCGAGAAAGACUUGUUUUUAUCAUUUAAUCAAUAUAUGUGAUAUGAAAAGUAUUUUCUAUACAUUGCAUUUAUUUUUGCUUAAGCUGAACUCAUUUCAUAAGUGUGGAAAAACCCAGAACCUCCCGGCUGUCCAGAAGAGGAAGAAAUUCUUCACCGUUAAAAACUCUGAGUUGCAGAAGACAGAGCAACGCCACAUGAUGAGAUAUUUCUGUUACAGAAACGAGAAGAUCUUGUAAUGACAGGGUUGGAGAACGACUGACGUGUAUAAACACCCUGUGUUCCUCAGUGGGAGAAAACUGCAUUUUGGUGCAAGCUCCUCACUCAUUGCAAGUAAAAAUGCCUUAAUAAUGUAACUCUUUUCUUUGGCAUUCCUUUGCAACUGCAUGUCAGGAGCAUUACCAUUUUUCUUACUCAAGGUGAGCAGCUUCUUGUUGCUAAGCAAUAAUAGUGGUACCAGAUGUGCCAUACUUAGUUUGUGUAAGCAUGGCUGUGUUCCCGCUGUUUCCAACUUAUCCACUUUGUCACUAUAUGUAGAAAAACGCUAUCAAUCAAUAAAGAAAGAACCUUUAAUAACCUAUUUAGACAGUUUAUCUGAAAAAAAAUUACUUGGGGUUACACUUUGACCUAUGUUUGAUAUGUACAGCAUUUUUGUAAGAACUAAAGGUAACAUAGUUACUUGAUUGUGCUGGCACUUUGUGUGUGGAAAGUACACAAUGCCGCCCCUUUAAUAAAUAAUGUUUGGUGACGUUG